AUGCAGGCCCAAACUCCCCAAUACAACGGUCAGGGCCACCAGCCGCUCCAGACGUCGCCGCCUUCCGCACCCCAGCACCCGCACUCCCAGCUGCUCCAUCCUCCACAGCCCGACCCCGCAGACAGCGACGAUGGCGGCCAGCAAAGUGGAGACGACAUCGACAACGACGACGACCACCAAGAGGUAACCCGCCUGGGCAAGCGCAAGCGGCCCAUCUCCGUGUCGUGUGAGCUCUGCAAGCAGCGUAAAGUAAAAUGCGAUCGGGGACAACCGUCAUGCGGGUGGUGCAGCCGCAACGGCGCACUCUGCGAGUACAAGGAGAGAAAGAAGCCGGGGCUGCGCGCGGGUUACGGGCGUGAGCUGGAGCAGCGUCUCGAUAAGCUGGAGGAGAGAUUAAGGGUGCACGCCGAGAUUUUGCAGUCGUUGACGUCCAACACCAGCCCGGGGAGUGGGCAGGGCAGCGCCCUCACACACCCCGCACCACCGAGCUUCAAGGACAGCAACGCCAGCUUGCCGAGUGACCAUGGCACGCCGCGUGACACAUUACCGCCGAUUUUCGCACGGCCAAGCCACGACACGAUCCGAACACCACAGGCUGAGACGGCCCUGUUCCUCCAGAAGCCCUCGACGAGCAUUGACUUUGGUCUGUCCACGUCGUCGGGCCAUGACUCGUUCCCAGCCGCCGUUAGCGCCGCGGUCCAGGAGUACUACGGCACCGGCCAUGCUGCACACUUGCAAUCCCCGUCGUCGGCGACGCACAACUCGGCACAGAUGGCUUCGGAACAAGAGCUUCCCCCAUACGACUUGUUGUACGCCUUGGUGGAUCUCUACUUCAAGCAUAUCAACACGUGGUGUCCUAUCUUGAAUCGCAAGACCACCUUAGAUUCGUUGUUCGGGCCGUCCAUGAUCGACGAGGAAGACAAGAUUCUGCUCCACGCCAUAGUCGCCGCUGCGCUGCGCUUCUCGACGGACGCGCGGUUGACCGAAGAAAGCCGCCAGCGUUACCACGAUGCAUCCAAGCAGCGCGUGCUCUUGUACGGCAUGGACCACCUGACUGUCAAGUCGCUGCAGGCGCUUGUUAUCCUGGCCCUCGACCUCUGCGGCAGCAGCAACGGCCCCCCGGGAUGGAACAUCAUGGCGCUCAUCACGCGCGCCGUGGUGCAGCUCGGGCUGGCCGUCGAGAGCAAUUCGUUUGCCGUGGCCCCUACUUAUUCGUCCAUCUACACACUGCGCGCCAUGAUCCUUCCAGAACCACGCGAUUUCAUCGAGGAGGAAUCCCGGCGGCGACUGUUCUGGAUGGUUUAUCUUCUCGACCGGUACGCCACCAUCGCGACAGCCUUUGAGUUUGGCGUCGACGACAACGAGAUUGACCGCACCCUGCCAUGCAGAGACGACUUGUGGAUCAAGAACCAAAAAGUCGAGACGCGCUGGUUUCGCACUGACGACACCAAGCCGGGCAGUCUCUGCGGAGGCGGUGCCUCGGAGCACGAGGUCGACAAACCCGAAAACCUCGGCGCCUUCAGCUACUACAUCGAGAUCCUCGGCAUCCUCUCCAAGAUCCACAAGUUUCUCAAGCAGCCCGUCGACAUCAGCGCUCUGUCGGACGUCGAGACGUGGCAGAUGCGCUACAAGGAGCUCGACAACACGCUCGCGGCCUGGAAGUUCGGCCUGCCGGGCGAGUACGGCAACAUGGCCAAGCUCUUCCAGCCCGCGUCGGCCAAGACGCUCAAUUGCGGCUGGGUAAUGCUGCACGCCACCUACCACACGGCCGUCAUCCGCCUGCACUCGUCGGCCGCCUACCCGACCACGCGCUCGCCCAUCUUCACCCCGUCCUACUCAGCCUCGCAGCGCUGCCACGCCGCCGUCGAGAACAUCUCGGCGCUGUGCGAGUUCGUCGUCGCCAACGGCCUGCUGGCAAAGCUCGGCCCGCCUUUUGCCUUUACACUGUGGGUCGCCGCCCGGGUGCUGCUCGUGCACGGGAGCACGGUCGAGCGCAAGCUCAGCCCGCAGAUUGGCGCGUUUGUCGACACGCUGCGCGAGAUGGGCCGGUACUGGCCCGUUGCGGCGAGGUAUUGCAGCUUGCUGAGUCGCGUGCUGGAUGAGCACCGCGACAGCGAGCGCCAGGGCGGCGGCGAGGUCCCCGGGAGUGUCAAGAUCCUGGCGGAUAUGCGCCGCACGGCGUUUGAUUUGGACUUUUUGAUUAGUCGCCAGCCGAGGCAUGUUCCUCCGCUUGCGGCGGCAGCGGCGAAUGCGGCGAAUGGGGCUGGGGGGAGUGGUGCUACCAAUAAUGAUAAUGGGGGUGGUGGGAAUGGUGGCGCCGGGGCGUGGCAGAGCCGGCUGGCAAGUGUCACGCCUGCGUCGAGGACGCCGGCGCCGAACGAGCUCGAGUAUCUCGACGUGUUUGAUUUUUUCAAUGUGCCGCGAUUGCCGGUCGGGCCGGGGACCGGCGCGGCUGCCGCUGCCGCUGCCGCCGGGGCGGAUGGCAGCGGGAAUGGGAUGGAUGCGGCGGCGGCUGGAAAUGGCGCCGUCGUUGGCGUGCCGGGCGAGUUCAACAUUACAGACUUUAUGGUGGAUGCGAACCGCGACUGGCUGUUUCAGCAGGGCGAGUCUAAAUAUCUUGCUUGA